AAUACGUACCAACACGGAGUGUCGCGCCAAGAAGAUCUCGAUCGAGAAGUAUCAAAAAUUCAUGUCUCAUUUUUUUUUUCUUUCUCCGUCUUUGCUCCGUUGCUCGAAUCUAAAGACAAGGAUUUGGUACGAGUUCAGAAUGGCAUAGCGCGCAGUAGCCCAUGGCCGCCGCCAACUGGCACAGCGCGAGAAACAAGUGAGAAGAAGUCGAGAAGGAUGUCGAACGCGACGAACGCGACGAACGCGGCGCUCGGUCAGAACAGCUGGACGUGCGGCGCGGGCCUGGAUUCGUUCCACACGUGGUACGUCGGCAUCCACGGUUACGUGAGCGUGAUCGUAUGUGGCUUCGGCUCGGUGGCGAAUCUGCUAAACAUUCUCGUGCUAACGCGUCACGAGAUGGUAUCGCCGACCAACUCCAUACUAUGCGGUUUGGCAGUGGCCGACCUGCUCGUGAUGAUCGAGUACAUACCUUACACCAGCCACUCGUACCUGGUCGCGCAACGUAAACGCGACCAUUACUCCUAUGGCUGGGCUGUGUUCGUACUGUUUCACUCGAUAUUCGCCCAAUGCUUUCACACCAUAUCCAUCAUUCUCACGCUGACGCUCGCCGUGUGGAGGUAUAUCGCUGUUGCCCAUCCUCAACGGAAUCGCGAGUGCUGCAGCCUGGAGAGAGCCAAGUACGCUAUUAUCGCCGCUUACUUGAUCAGUCCGCUCAUAUGUGUGCCGGUGUACAUGGGCGUGGAGAUCAGUCCUCGGUACCAGAUGUUGGACGCCUUGGACCGACAGGUGAACGACACUUACGAUGGCGAGGCGACCAACACGACACUGUACUUCGUAACCAUGUCGGAGAGCGCGAAGAACGGACUGAACGAGCUAAACUUCUGGAUAUACAGUGUGGUGAUCAAAUUGUUGCCGUGCGUGUGUCUGACUUACUUCAGCGUGUGCCUGAUCAAGGCGCUAAUCGAGGCGAAGAAGCGAAGGAAGAAGCUGACCACCACGACGAUGCUCAAGAUGGAGGAGUCGGUUAAUUUGGCCGAAGGCAAAAAACGCAAGAGGAAGGCCUCGAGGCUACUCGACAAAGAGAAGCAAACCGAUCGUACCACGCGGAUGUUGCUCGCGGUUUUGCUACUGUUCCUCCUUACCGAGUUCCCGCAGGGUAUAUUGGGUCUACUCAGUGUCGUUAUUGGCACUCCCUUCUUCAAUACGUGCUACAUCAAACUAGGUGAACUAAUGGACAUCUUGGCGCUCAUAAACUCGGCAAUAAAUUUCAUCCUGUACUGCGCGAUGUCGCGCCAAUUUCGCCAGACGUUCAAUCAAUUGUUCUGCCAGUGGAAAUUGUUUGGUCAUUGGGUACCAGUACCUCAGCACGCGGAGAACAACAACGGCAAUAUGGCGACCAAUCACACAGUCACCCAGGUUACUCACGUCUAG